GUCGAUUCUUUGUUUCCAUUUCCACGGUAAAACACAGAGAGAGAGAGAGAGAGAGAGAGAGAAAGAGAGAGAUACACAAGAUUUAUAGACCUAUAUACUCUCGGAGAGGCUCAAAUCUAGGGUUAAUCCAACGCAAGGGAUUGAAGAUUUGGUAAUUGCUGAUUGGAGAAGAUGGCUUUGGGAAAGAAAUGCAAGAGUUGCUUGAAAUCGAAGCGCGGGGGUUUGGUGGCAGAGGAGGGGCUGGAGUUAGGGUUUGUCAAGUACACGCGAGCUUUAGGGAGGAAGAGGAUUGGGAUUUCUAACAAUGGCGAGCCUUCGCCUACUGAUUCGUAUCCCAGCACUCCAUUGAAGAAGCAGCGAAGUGGGAAAUUGGUUUCGGAUUCUGAAACCUCUGCCCUAGAAGCUCUGCCUCAGGAGAUUCUGAUUAAGAUUGUGUGUGGCGUUCAUCAUGAGGAUUUGAAACAGCUUUUCCACGUAUCAAAACCAAUUAGAGAAGCGACUCUGAUUGCUAAGCAGUGGCAUUUUGCCUAUAGCACACCUUCAAAGACCCCUGCUUUCCGGACCGCCAUUGAUUUCUCAAGCGACGAUAUGGAUGAGAUUGAAGCUCCGAAUGCUCCGAAACAGUGGAGGGAGCAGCAUAGGCAGUUGCCGAGCCGAAAGAAGCUUGCUGAGAUAUCAGUGAACUUGUUUGCUUCAUGGGACGAGGAGUAGAUGAAUCUGCAAUGUGGGUUUUGUAAAUACACAAAUUCAUGGCUGUGAUGGUCGUAGUUUUCGGCUGGUUAGCGUAAAAAUCUAAAGAGAUAGAGAUGAUAUUGGAGUGAACAUAUAGAGAAAAGGGUUGCAAGCGGUUUCUUCAAAGCUAUGAUUGAAGAUGAUAUAAUUGCUUGUUCGUCUCUUUUUGUACAUGUUUUGAAGAGAAGGAGAAAGAGAGAGAGAGAGAUUUCCACUAUUCACAAGUUGUUUGUUAAGGGCUAAUCUUGUGCCCUUUGGUUCUGACAAUAAAAUGAAGAAUGUACAAAAGCAUUAGAUUUUAAUGAAAUCAAUGAUGUUUCCAUGCAA